GCAAAAGCCAUUCGAUUUGAGUUUCCCAUCAGGCCUGUAACAGCAUUAUGUUUUAAAAAAUUACUAUAAAUUAAGAUAAAAAUAAAUUUGUAUCCUAAUGGAGACGAUAUUUCAGUUCUUCCGCACCAAUUAUGUGUUGGCCAACUGCGAGAAUGCCAUCAUCAAGAAGGCAUUCUCGUUGAAUCUCUCCCACUACCAAAUUUCGGAGGCUCCCGAAAUAAUUGGCCAAUGCGAAAGUUUGAUGAAGCUCUUUCUGAAUCAGAACAAACUAACAAAGAUUCCAUCUACCAUUACCCAUCUGGUGCGGUUGCAAGUUCUCACCUUGGACUACAAUAAGCUGGAAGAAUUUCCGCAGGCCAUCUGUCAGCUGGUGCAACUGAAGUUCCUCAACAUCAGCUGCAACAACAUCAGCCGCCUGCCCCCGGAAUUGGGCUAUCUAACCCAGCUGGAGGCCUUCUGGUGCAACAACACGGGGCUGCUGGAGCUACCGUCAGAGAUCGGAAGCUGCGAACGUCUGGAGACACUGGGAGUGCGCGGAAAUCCCCUGACAAAGCUACCCUCGUCGGUGGGCUCACUCGCCUCACUGCGCUGGUUCACGGCCGAAGGUUGUCAGCUGAGCGAGGUACCACUCUCAUUCGCAUUGUUGGGCAGCUUGGUGCACCUCAAUCUGAGAGGCAAUCGUCUCACACGGAUCCCGGGCGUGCUGGUGGCAAUGGAGAAGUUGAGAUUCGUGUUCCUCAACGAGAACAUAAUCGACAAACUGCCCACACGCUUCCAAUUGCAAGAGCUACGUUUUCUGGACAUGCUGAACUUGAAGAGGAAUCCAAUUUGUCUACAUCACGACUUGCAGGUUAUCGCAGUGCGUCAAACAAACAUCUACAUGGACCUGCCGGAGCACCUAGUUGAUGCCGCCGAGGAGCUAGCUGCCUCUUGUCCAAACAGGGAUCAGCAUCAGGACGAACAGCCCGGGACUGAUGACACGGAGACGUCGGACUGGGCUAACAGUGCGCGAACCAGCCAACUGGACACCACGGACGAGAGCUCGUUGGAGAAUAAACUAGAAGAUGUCGGCAUUAUGUUGCCGGCGAUGUCGCGUUAUAUCACGUCCUUUUGAAGUUUUGAAGUAUGAACUUGUCAGUAUUACACAGCACGCAUAAAUGUGUUAUUUAUUGUUUA